GUUAAUGCCGGAGAGUGUUCGGUGGUUAAUGGCUCAGGGUCGCAGGGGUGAAGCUAGGAAGAUAAUAGAGACGGUUGGAAGAGUCAAUAAUGUCGAGGUACCAAGACAUCUGCUGGAUGAUCACAAUGUGGAGGUUCCAACUACUGAUGAAACAUCAUCAGUUUCCGUCAGUCAGAUUGAACUCGUGAAUGAACCACUACACAAAGAUAAAAUUAAGACGCUAGUUGACCUGUUUAGAACUCCGAAAACGAGGAUGCGAACAUGCAUCAUGUUCUAUUUCCUGUCUGUGUGCGCUCUGGUGUACUAUGGACUCUCCUCCAAUUCUGGCAGUUUGGGUGGCAAUAUCUUUGUUAAUUUCAUCGUUAUUAUGCUGAUUGAGAUUCCAUCCUACAUCUUCUCGUUCUUUAUCCUUGACAGAAUGGGAAGGAAGGGCUCACUGUCGUUCGUGUUCCUGCUUGGCGGAUUCUCCUGUUUAAUAUCUGGAUUCAUCCCGGAAG